CGAAGCAGCUCUCGCUCGGCCCAGAGGCUCCCAAAACCGGGAAUCACACCUGCUAUAAUAGUCGCGGAUCGAGCCGCUCUUAAAGGCACAGCUGGAAAGGGGUGGCCGGGGACGCGGGCGCACGGCAGCUAAGCCGGGCGCCCCUCUCGGUUGCCAGCCGUGCCAAGGCGCAUCCGGAGAGAGACGCCCCCACCCCCUGCCUGUCCAAAGCCCCCAGACCAGCUUCUCCUCCUCCUGAAACAAGGCGCCGCUCGCUCGCUCGGCUGCGCCGCCGCCGGCUCCUCCCCACCGUCUCCUUUGCGCGCACGCCCCUCGCCGGCCAAGCCCCUCUCCUCCCCUCGACGCGUCUGGAGCGAGCGAGCGCGGGGCUGCCUCGCCUGCCUGCCGGAGGGCCGGGCCUCCUCGGCUCCUCUCGCCUGCCUGCCCGCUCUCCGCCUCCUCGGCCGCCUCCGCCUCCUCCUCCUGCUGCUGACGUCUCGUCCGUCUGAAAAACUCCAGGCGGCGGCGGCGGAUGCGGCGCUUCUGAGUGGCUCAGCGAGCAGCAGCAGCAGCAGCAAUCCCGAGCAGCAGCAGCAGCAGCAGCCGCCGCUGCCUCUGCCGCGAAGAUGGUGGUGGCCGCGUCGCCUUCGCCGUCUUCGUCCGCGGCCGCUUCGUGCGCCCGCCGCCUGGCCCGCCGCUCGCGCUCGGCGCUCGUCUUGGCGCUCACCGUGCUGCUCGUGCAGACGCUGGUCGUGUGGAAUUUCAGCAGCCUGGACUCCGGCGAGGAGGAGCAGCAGCGCCCGCCGCAGGGCAGCAGCAGCCGCAGCGCCAGCCGCCGCCGAGAGAAGCGCGACCUGGAGAGCAGCAACCCUGGCCACGACGGGCACCGCGCGCACCAGCACCGCAAGGGACCCGGCGCCUUCCGCGCCAAGGCGGCGAUGGAUCAGCCUCUCAAUCCUUACAAAGGCUUGGAAACCCAGGACGGCUACUUUUCCCACCGGCCGAAGGAGAAAAUGCGCACGGACAGCAACAACGAAAACUCCGUCCCCAAGGACUUGGAAAAUAUAGACAAUAGCAACUUUGCUCCCAGGUCGCAGAAGCAGAAGCACCAGGUGGAGCUGGUGAAAAAGCCCCUGAGCAAGCAGAAGGAGCGUUUGCGGAGGAAGCUGGAGCAGGAGGAGAAGGUGAAAGAGAACUCGCUCCUGGGGAAAAGCUCCAAUGAGGUGCUGCAGUACGGCCACCCGGCCCCAAAGACCAGCAUCAAUGGCAGCCAGUUGAAAGACAUCCACAGGUCCCAGGCCAGGCAGCACCAUCUGAAGAAGAAUGGGAACAGCUCUCCUGAACUCGCCUACGAGCAGCCCCCCAAAUGCGAAAUCUCGGGCAAGGAGGCCAUCUCUGCUCUGUCCCGAGCCAAAUCCAAGCAGUGUCGGCAGGAGAUUGCCGAAAUGUACUGUCAGCAUAAGCAGGGGAAGCUGAUGCCAGAGCAAGUGACUCGUUUCUGCCCUCUGGAAGGCAAAGCCAACCACAAUGUACAGUGGGAUGAGGACUCCGUAGAAUACAUGCCAGCAAACCCAGUCAGGAUCGCAUUUGUCUUGGUUGUUCAUGGCAGAGCUUCCCGGCAGCUGACGCGCAUGUUUAAGGCUAUUUACCAUAAAGACCAUUUUUAUUACAUUCAUGUUGACAAGCGCUCCAAUUACCUGUACCGGCAAGUGCUCCAGUUUGUGAACCAGUAUCCAAAUGUGAAAGUUACUUCUUGGCGCAUGGCAACAAUCUGGGGAGGAGCGAGCCUUUUGUCGACCUACUUGCAGAGUAUGCAGGAUUUAAUGGAAAUGAAGGACUGGCAGUGGGAUUUCUUCAUUAACCUAAGUGCUGCGGACUACCCAAUCAGGACAAACGACCAGCUCGUUGCCUUCCUUUCCAGAUACCGAGACAUGAACUUCUUGAAGUCCCAUGGAAGAGACAAUGCAAGGUUUAUUAGAAAACAAGGGCUGGACAGGCUUUUCCUGGAAUGUGAUACCCACAUGUGGCGCCUUGGUGACCGGAAGAUUCCGGAAGGAAUAACGGUGGAUGGCGGGUCAGACUGGUUCCUGCUGAACAGGAAGUUUGUGGAAUAUAUCACCUUUUCUAAUGAUGACCUGGUGACGAAGAUGAAAAGGUUCUAUUCCUACACGUUACUCCCAGCUGAGUCUUUCUUCCACACCGUCCUGGAAAACAGCCCUCAUUGCAACACAAUGGUGGACAACAACCUGCACAUCACAAACUGGAACCGCAAGCUGGGUUGCAAAUGCCAGUACAAAAAUAUUGUGGACUGGUGCGGCUGCUCCCCUAAUGAUUUCAAGCCGGCCGAUUUCCACCGAUUUCAGCAAACCACAAGACCCACCUUCUUUGCGCGCAAAUUUGAAGCGGUGGUGAAUCAAGAAAUAAUUGGCCAGCUGGAUUACUACUUGUAUGGCAACUACCCAUCGGGCACUCCAGGCCUGAGAUCGUACUGGGAGAAUGUCUAUGACGAACCAGACGGGAUCCAUAGCAUCAGUGAUGUCAUGCUGACCAUGUACCACUCAUUUGCUCGCUUGGGCCUGAGGAGAGCAGAAACCUCCUUCCACACUGAUGGUGAAAACAGCUGCCGGUAUUACCCAAUGGGCCACCCAUUCUCCGUCCAACUCUACUUCCUUGCUGAUCAUUUUCAGGGUUUCCUUGUCAAGCACCAUGCUACCAAUCUGGCUGCCAGUAAGCUGGAGACCUUAGAGACAUGGGUGAUGCCCAAAAAGGUGUUCAAAAUUGCAAGUCCACCAAGUGAUUUUGGAAGGCUGCAGUUCUCUGAGAUUGGAACCGACUGGGAUGCUAAGGAGAGAAUAUUCCGGAACUUUGGGGGACUCAUUGGGCCCAUGGAUGAACCAAUCGGCAUGCAGAAGUGGGGGAAGGGCCCCAACGUCACUGUUACUGUCAUCUGGGUGGACCCCACAAACACCAUCGCCGCUACGUAUGAUAUCCUAAUAGAAUCCAGUGCGGAGUUUACUCACUACAAGCCGCCGUUGAAUUUGCCUCUCCGUCCGGGAAUCUGGACUGUUAAGAUCCUGCAUCACUGGGUCCCUGUAGCGGAAACCAAAUUCCUGGUGUCUCCUCUGACAUUUUCCAACAGGCAAAGCAUCAGGCAAGAAGAAGCCACGAGGUUGCACGGCGGACCUCCGAAGAACGCCUACAUGGAGCAGAGUUUCCAAGGCCUCAACCCGGUUCUGAAUAUCCCCAUCGACGCUGCGCAGGUGGACCAAGCAAAGAAGAAUGCAGCCCUUACGGGCAGCAAGCUGGAGAACUGGGUGGACAAACUGGUGGGAGGCAUGUGGUCAGCUGUGGAUAUCUGCAGCACAGGCCCCACCUCCUGCCCAGUCAUCCAGGCCUGCAGCCAGACGUCUUGGAGUUCACUCAGCCCAGACCCAAAAUCUGAGCUGGGGCCUGUUAAACCAGACGGCCGUUUGAGGUAGCACAGGGUACACAUCCCUUCACUGGCUUUUAAAAGGGAAUUUAACAUGGUUGCUCUUGUGACCCGGGGGGGGGGGGAUUAUCCACCUGCCCUCCUAAACUUGGGC